AAUUCUGCAAGUUGCGUGUAAAGGCUGCCUCCGCCACUUCAGGCAUAGGAACGCUGGCAGUCUUAGUAUAGUUUAUUAAUGGUCUUUUUGCCCAUUUAUUAUGUUAACUUGUGUUUUGAGAAAAUAUAUAGCAGUGUUACAAACCCAGCUUUAAAUAUUCAAUAUGUGGAAUUCAUUUGUCUAGAAGAUGCUAAAACCCUUCAUCAGUGAUGAACUGCUUUCCCUGGUGUGUCCCAGCCUACCAUAAAUCAGCACUGGCUUUGGGCCCAUGAUGGGUAGUGUAUAAGUGUCUUUACUGAUUGAAAACCUGAAAUAUUUUUUUUGCUGUGAAAGCUGGAAAAUGUUCAAAAAUCAGUAUCAGGGUGGUCCAUUUGUUGAAAUAUUCAGUGCUCAAGGCAAGAACCCAGGAGCAAAAUGGAAGAUUUUUGGCAAUCCUUCAGCUAUAUGGAAAGAAUAUGAUAAAGAAAUAAAGGGCUUUGUUUUUGUACUUGAAGGAAGCAGUCAAAUCAACAGAAUGCAGCUACCAAAGGAAACUAAACAAGCUCUGGGACUGAUCCAGCAGUUUCUGACACUUCAGAUUUUUGUGCCAAUGGGACAAGACUUCUCCACUGAGUUACUGAUAACUGAUUUAGGAAAUAUUAAAAGAAGAUUGUAUUUAUCAACGGUCCACAAGGAGUUGUCUGUAACCCCUCUGCAUGCAAAAAUUCCUCUACAUAUGAUCAAGCGCAAAAUAUGGUGCAAUAUGUGUAUUGACUUGGUAGCAUUCACCAGUGAAAUAUUCAGAGGAGCUGUCUUCCAGUCUUUGGAUGGAAUUAUUAUUUCAGCUAACUGUAAGCUGAGAAAGAUCUUCACUUUAAAAUCCAAGCCUCAAGAUACAGCCGAGGAAGAUGGUAUGUGCUUUGUUCCAUUUACACCAUAUGAGACCAUAGAUGUUAUUCCUCGAACCUGCCAGCUAAAUACAGAUGUGCCACAAGUUACACAAUUGCUGAACUUGGCUAAAAUUCACAAGCCAGAAAUAAAAUGCAGGAGUUAUCCAGUAACAAUGCAAGAAACAGGAUGCUUGAUUAAUAGGGGAAAAGGCAAUAUACGCAGCAAUAAAACUCAAGACAUAUCACAUAUUGCAUUUGGAUCAAAGAUCCUUGGACCACCUCCAUCUUCAAACAGAAGAGUCAGUACAAGGGUAUCUGGAGAGGUAACAAGGACUGUGGGUUGCAAAAGUAAUAGAUCAUGCCGACUUCAAAGUUCAGGAAAAGGAACUGAAUCCCGACUUCAAAGUUCAGGAAAAAGAACUGAAUCCCUACAAGACAUUGAGAGAUUGGAGCUGUCAUUCUCACCAUGCAAUGAUUCUUUAGAUCAAGGAGGCAAAAGAAAUACUCACCGAACAGCUGAAGAUGUACAUCAAAAUGACUCUGCGAUUCAGACUCAGAAAAUGUCUGAGAAUGGAAGAGCAGAUUUUCAGCUCCCCUCACCACAAGAUCUAUCACCAGACAAGAACAAUCAUGGAAGAUUAUGUAUAAAAAAUGCAGCCCAAAACACAUGGGAGAUAACCAGUGAUGAAUGGGUGUUUCCAGAAAGUUUCAAGGAGAGUGUUCAGUUGGAUAAGAGUGGACAGUUUGUAACUACUCAAGAUUCAGCCUGCCAUAGUUUAACCUCACCACAGAAUGCCUCUGCUGAACAUCAUAGCAAUGAAACAGGUGAUCACCAUGUGAAUCAUAAAGAGAUUUUCACAUUUUCAUCAAGACCUCGGUCAGCUCCUCAUGGGAAAUCUCCAAAUAGGUCACCAGAACAUUGCAUUUUCCCUUUGGAUUUGAGGCAAGACAGUAACCAAGUCCAUGGGGAAAUCCAGGUUGCAGAUAACUUUCAAGGAAUUGACAGCAGUGAAGAGGAUGACAACAAUAAAUUUAUCCAGGGUACUGAGAACCUAGAGAUCAGUGUCAGCAGGCAAGGAACAUCUGAUUCAGCAAUUUUUGAAGAGAACACAUUAAAGAGGAUGCCAUGGAGAAAUGAAUACUGGAAGAAUAAGGAACACAGCAAACAAAACCUCGAGGAAACCAUCUUGUCAAAACCACAGAGUUCCACUGUGAGAAAAACAGAUUCUGUUAUCUCUCAGAGAAGCUUAAAGCCUACCCUUUCUCUUUCUCCAACUGGAAGUAAAUCUGAAUUCUUUAACAUCAUUCCAAAUGCAUCUGAAAAAACUGAAAGACCUGAAGGAGUUUCUGGUCAAAUAAAACCAUCAAUUAGUAAGAAGUCCCUCAAGAAAAUAUCAAGAGAAAAUUCAUGUCUGACAACACAGACUUGUGAGUAUGACUGGAAAAACUACCAGACAAGUAGACUGAGUGUAUCUGAACUGCAGAUGCUGGCUAGCAUGAGGAGGCAACAAAAUGAAGAAUUAAGGGAUACAGAGAUCUCUCAUGGGCUAAGCGCAUCACAGAUAGACAACUGCAAUGUUAGCAUAAGUACAAGCAGUGAUGAUACAGCAACCUGGAAUUCUUGUUUCCCACCACCCGUCAGUCAGGAGCAUCACUAUCAGAAAGAAAUGAGCCCACUUUCUCAUUCCAACCCACGAGACUGGUUGAACGUGUUCAGUCCACCCCUCACUCCUGCAAGCCAAAAACUGGACGAGCACACUAAAUCUUCAACAAAUCAGAGUAUUCCAGGUGAAGAUGACCUCAAUGCUGAAGAAGAUGAGGAAGUCUUGACUCUUUUGUAUGAUCCAUGUCUGAACUGUUACUUUGACCCAAAUUCUGGGAAGUACUAUGAAUUGGCAUAGUCAGAUCAUGAGAUACAUUAUUUUAUAGUCAGAAUGGGUUUAUCUUUUAACUGUUUGUAAAGUGUGACUGAGCUGUAUAAUUUAUCAUGUAACUUAAAACAUGAAUUAACCAACAGUUUUGCAAACAAAUGAAUAUAU